AUGACAAACAAACUAUCGACAGCAUGGACCGAGGCAGUGGAAUCUGGUCUUGUGGAUUUAGCUGCACAGUCUAGACCUUUGUGGACUGUAAGAGAGGAAAAGGAUAUCGGAGAUAAUGAAAUGAUGGAACUUCUCCGUAUCAGGGAGUCACUUAAUGCACAAUUCGACAGGGCGUUUACUGCUGAAAUGAUUGGGAAGAAAUGGAUGGAGAUACGACUUCUCUUCGACCUCAAAUACGCUAUGAAUGGAUAUAGUAUGGAGGAUCGUGGGCACCACAUCCGUCGCGACGGAAGUCUGAAAGAUGACUUGACCGAGAGCUGGAAGUUGUUCACUAAGCUCGAAUUUCUCAUCGACCCGAACGCUGGAAAGAAAAAAGUUACGAAAAAAUGA